AUGCGUUUCGCCGCGACCCUCGCCGUCGCGUCGCUCGCCGGCACUGCGCUGGCCUGCGCCGACGACGGCCACAGCUGCUACGGGCCGCAGGACGACGUCGUCCUCACCCGCAAGGUCAAGCGCAUGCAGCCCGAGUCCAGCAAUGCCACCAGCGGCCCGCGCGCCCCGCUCGAAUGGGGCCAGCUCAACUUCCUGCACACCACCGACACCCACGGCUGGCUGGAGGGCCACCUGAAGGAGCAGAACUACGGCGCCGACUGGGGCGACUACGUCUCCUUCACCACCGCCAUGAAGGCCCAGGCCCGGGAGCUCGGCGUCGAUCUGCUGCUCAUCGACACCGGCGACUUGCACGACGGCGCUGGCCUCUCGGAUGCCACGGAUCCGAACGGGCUGAUCUCGAACCCCAUCUGGGAGAACAUCGACUACGACCUGCUGGCCAUCGGCAACCACGAGCUCUACGUCACCGAGAUUGCCUAUGAGCACUUCAACCAGUUCGCCAAGGUCUACGGCGACCGCUAUGUCACCUCCAACGUCCAGAUCAUCAACCCGUCGACCGGCGCCUACGAGUACAUCGGCAGCCAGUACCGCUACUUCACCACCGAGCAAGGCCUCCGCAUCAUGGCCUUUGGCGUCCUGUUCGACUUCACCGGCAACUCCAACGUCUCCAAAGUCAUCAAGGCUGCCGACCUUGUCCAGGAGGCCUGGUUCCAAGACGCCGUGAACCACGAGGGUGUCGACAUGUUCAUCCUGCUUGGCCACAACGCCGCUCGCCCCACCGACUCCACCAGCACCAUGGGCACCGUCUACAGUGCCAUCCGCACCGCCCGCCCCGACCUGCCCAUCCAGAUCUUCGGCGGCCACACCCACAUCCGCGACUUCGCCGUCUACGACAACAAGGCCACCGGCCUCGAGUCCGGCCGCUACUGCGAGACGCUGGGCUGGCUGUCCAUCACCGGCAUCGAGGGACAGGGAAACAGCACCUACGCCGCCAAGCAGCCCGAGGGCCUCCCCGCGCCCACGAGGCCCGCCGUGUCGGUGAACGGGACUGCCGCCAACAGCACGCUCCCGACGUCCGACACCCCCUCGGCCCUGCGCUACUCGCGGCGCUACCUGGACUGGAACCGCUGGACCUUUGGCUACCACGCCGUCGGCAGCCAGAGCAAGCCGUUCGACACGCAGCACGGCAAGGCCGUCACCGCCACCAUCACGGGCGCGCGCGAGCAGCUCAACCUGAGCAGCGUCAUCGGCUGCGCGCCGCAGACCUGGUGCAUCGACUGCAAGCCCUUCGGCGACCCCGGCAACAUCUACACCCUCCUCAAAGAAGCCAUCGCCACCGUCCUCGUCAACCAGUCGCGCGCAGACGUGCCGCGCAUCAUCUUCAUCAACACGGGCAGCGUGCGCUUCGACCUCGUCCAGGGCCCCUUCACCUACGACGACUCCUUCAUCGUCUCCCCCUUCACCAACACCAUCCGCUUCAUCCCCGACGUGCCGUGGGAAUCCGCCUCGCAGGUCCUCGACAUCAUGAACGCCGGACCCUACCAGAAGAAGAAGCUGCGCCGCUCCCUCACCCACGCCGACCUCGCCUUCACCCCGCUCGCGCCCUCCCUCCCCGACGCCGACGCCUGCAUCGACCCGCCGCUGUCGCAUUCCCCGCUCCACGCCCGCGCCUUCCGCGGCGGCCGCCUGCUGCGCCGCCAGGAAGUCACCACCACCACCCCGGGCUACGCCACCUCGGACGACUUCGGCACCGACGGCGACGACACGCUUCACUCGCCCAUCCCCGCCUACGACCUGCCCAUCGACGUGCAGGCCAACGCCUCCUUCCCCGCCGACGGCUCCGCCCCCGACACGGUCGACGUCGUCUACCUCGACUUCAUCGAGGACUACGUCAUCGCCGCGUUGAAUGAGGCUGGUGGCGGUUAUGAUGCCGGCGAUGCGGCGGCGUAUAUGGAUGAGAGUUUUACGAGUAAUAUGUAUUUGCCCGAGUAUGCGCGGGUGGCGUGGCAGGAUAAUGUGGGGGAUUGUCCGGUGGGGAAGGGCGUCGGGUUCGAUAAGAGGAGGUGA